UUGGACAGUUUACUUUUGGAAUUGCAAUUGAAAAUUGCUGAAAGAUGUAUCAGGCGCCGCCGAUCAAGAGGAAUACGAACCCCAAGGAGAAGGCGGGGUUUUUUAACGUCCUAACUUUCUUGUUUACUUAUGAUAUUUUUAAGAAGUCUUCGAAACGAGAGUUAAUUGAAACAGACGUGUACAAUGUCUUAAACGAUUACCGAGCUUCAAAGCUUGGAGAUGACCUAGAAAGAGAAUGGGAAAUAGAGAAAAAGAAACCUCAUACUUCAUUGACGAAGACCAUGUUCAGGGUGUACGGAAAAAGCUGGAUGAUGUACGGAUUUACCAAUUUGAUUGUGAAAUCAGUUACAUUGGUAACACUACCGUUGGCUACAGGCAAAUUGGUGUCGUACUUUGCUAGCGAAAGUACUAUGAGCAUAAACGAAGCUUACAUUUACGGCUCGAUCGUCAUCUUCUGUACAUUCGUUCAAUCCAUCUACACUCAUUCCUACAUGCUGAGCUUAACGCAGCUGGGGCUUAAAGUGCGAACGGCCUUGAGCUCGUUGAUUUACAGGAAAUCACUGAAACUGACCUCAUCCUCAUUGAUCAGCUUCUCCAGCGGUAAAAUCGUCACGAUGGUUUCCAAAGACGUUUUAGUCUUUGAAUCCGCACUGAUUUUCGCUCACGAUCUCUGGAUCGGACUCAUCCAAGUCGGUUUCAUGACUUACAUUAUGUACCAGAAGAUCAAGUGGGCCGCAAUCUUGGGUAUCAGCUUCCUGAUAUUUCUGAUUCCGUUCCAAAUUAUGAUAGCCAAGAGGACGACAAGUUUACGUUUGAAAACCUCGGGUAAAACUGAUGAGCGUUUGAGGAGGAUCCAAGAGAUUUUAACUUCGAUCAAAUUGAUCAAAUUGUACACGUGGGAGAAGUACUACACGAAAAUAACCAAUGCACUAAGAAUAAACGAGAUGAGCAAACUGCGUUCUAUCUUCUAUUUGAAAUCGGUUAUUCUUUCAAUGUCCGCCGUGAGUCAAAGGUUGUCUUUCUACAUCUGUAUUCUGGCGUUCAUUUACAUGGGAAAUGCGAUCGACGCGGAGAUAGUCUUCGUAGUCAUCAGCUGCUUCGGGUCUUUGAAGUUUGUGCUGAGCGUUGCAAUUCCUAUGAGCGUCUCGCAGAUGGCCGAAGCUAAGAGUUCGCUGAAACGCAUCAAAAACUAUCUUCUCGUCGAGGACACGGAUAGCAUUGAUAAGCAGAUGCCCAUAAUCAGAGAAGUUAAUGUUUCAAUUAAGAACGCUUCUGUCGAGAUUCUGAAUAAGAGCAUCUUGAGCGACGUGAAUUUAAAACUGCAACCUUCUUUAAUAGGAGUGACGGGAUCCGUGGGAGGCGGUAAAUCGACUCUUCUGAAGAUGAUUAUGCACGACGUGCAUAUGUGCGAUGGUGGCGUUUCUACUUCCGGAGACUACAGCUACGCAUCACAAGAACCAUGGUUGUUCCCAGGGACGAUUAAGCAGAACAUAUUGUUCGGAUUGCCGUACGAGAGGGAGAGGUAUCAGCAAGUUAUAAGGGUUUGCGCCUUGACCAGGGAUCUGCUCACUUUCCCGAAGAGAGAUAACACGAUUGUCAGCGACAAAGGGCUGAAUUUGAGCAAGGGGCAGCAGGCGAGGAUCAAUUUAGCUAGAACAAUUUACAAGAAAUGCGAUAUUUAUUUGCUUGAUGAUACGUUGAAUGCGCUCGAUGCGAGCGUGAGCAAAUUCGUGUUCCACGAAUGCAUGAGGGGAUUCCUGAAAGGAAAACUGUGCGUGGUCGUAUGCCACAACAAGAUGUUCCUUGAAGAUAUGGACAGGAUUUUGGUGAUCGAUCAGGGAUCAAUCAAAGGUGACGGAUCUUUCGAUGAUCUGCAGAGGCAGGGAAUAGAUUUUGGGUCGAACGCGAACGAAGAAGGAAGUGCUGAUGACGUUGAAGAGGUGCAGGUCAGUCCGGUUCGUGGAAAGGAGCCCAACGAGAAAGAGAAUGCGGACGAAAAUUGCAAUUUAUUGGUUUCCACUCUGGACAUGGACAAUACAGCAAUUUACAACGAGACCAAACAAGUGGGAAGAGUCAGCAUGGACGUGUACAAGCAUUAUCUGCAUCACGCCGGAGGCUGGAAGACCAUACCGUUCUUCUUGAUUCUCUGUUUGUUGGGACAAUGCUCGUUGAGUUACUUCGAUUAUUACAUAACGAAAUGGUUGUCCAUCGAGCAAGAACUGUCGAAAAUAAAGACCAACUCAACUUACUACUCGGAAGACACUUUAAUUGAGGCCGAGGCUAAGCACGUUACUGCAAUGUACACCUAUUCUAUAAUCAUCGUAGUUGCAACGACGUUAACGGUGCUAAGGUUAUUUACUUUCUUCGGUUUAACAACGAUGGCUUCGAAGACGCUUCAUCACAAAAUCUUCUCGAGAAUCACCUCAGCCUGCAUGUCGUUCUUUGACCGUAACUUAUCCGGAAACAUCCUGAACAGAUUCUCUAAAGAUUUCGGUGUAGUCGACGAAUAUUUGCCUUACGCUUACUUCGAAUGCGUUCGCAUAUUCUUCGUCUUAACGGGAGUGGUAACUGUUUUAUCAUUUGUAAACCCGUACCUUUUACUGCCAACAUCGGUGGUUUUGGUUAUUCUCCUUUACGCUCGCGUCGUUUUCUUGAAAACCAGCAGAAGCUUAAGAAGAUUAGAUGGAACUACCCGUUCACCGGUUAUUGGUUACUUAAACUCAACGUUAGAAGGACUUUCGACGAUCAGAGCUAGCGGAAAGCAAGAAACUUUGAAGAUGCAAUUCGACGAGCAUCAAGAUUUGAACACCUCCGCCGCUUACAUGUACAUAGCGACUUCGAGGGCUUUCGGCUUUUGGUUGGAUAUCCUUUGCAGUAUUUACAUUGCAAUUAUAGUAUUCAGUUUCAUACUUCUCGAUUCCAGCUCGAUUAUUGCUGGAAAUGUGGGUUUGGCUAUAACGCAAUCCUUCGGUUUAACCGGUAUUCUUCAGUGGGGAAUCAGACAGUGGACUGAAGUGGAGACUAUGAUGACUUCGGUGGAGAGAAUCGUGGAGUAUUCGAAUGCCGAACAGGAAGAUAUGAGUGGAGAGGAUCCGGAUAAUUGGCCCAAGCAAGGGCUGAUUGAGUACAGGAACGUCACGUUGAAGUACACGAAUUCGGAUAAGAAAGUGCUGGAUGACGUUAAUUUCGUGAUACAGCCGAAAGAGAAAAUUGGUAUCAUCGGAAGGACGGGAGCUGGAAAAUCCUCGAUCAUUUCCGUACUGUUCAGACUCUACGACAUCCACGGUUCCAUCAUCAUCGAUGACGUUGACAUCAAAGACAUCGAAUUGGAAAUUGUCCGAUCGAAGAUUUCUAUUAUUCCCCAGGAUCCUGUUUUAUUCGCUGGUACAUUGAGAUCCAAUUUGGAUCCGCACGAUCAGCACACCGACAACGAAUUGUGGAAUACGUUGGGGGAGAUCGAGUUGAAGCACGUGGUCGAGGGUUUCGAAAUGGGUUUGAGCAGCGUGGUGAGCGAGGGUGGCGCCAACUUCAGCGUCGGACAACGUCAACUCAUCUGCUUGGCGAGAGCAAUCCUUCGCAACAACAAAAUCUUGGUGCUGGACGAGGCCACGGCCAACAUCGAUCCGCAAACGGACGCACUCGUGCAGAAAACAAUUGCGAGAUUGUUCUCCGAUUGCACGAUUCUGACGAUCGCGCACAGAUUGAACACGAUCAUCAAUUCGGACAAGAUUAUGGUCGUCGAUUUUGGAUCAGUCGUUGAGUUCGAUACACCGAAAGCCCUCCUCGAUAAGCGGCAGGGAAUCUUCUAUUCGUUGGCCAAACAGUCCGGCCUCGUAAAUUAGAAUUAGUAUAUUUAUUAUUGUCUCCAUAUUUUGUAUUAUUAGCAAUAAAGGCAGUUUUACCUUGACUAA